AUGACCACUCAAACCCUUCCCCAAGCCCAUCGCGCUCUCAUCGUAAACUCCACGUCCUCCCCGCCCGCCGUCCAAACGAUACCAACGCCGCAACCCGGCCCUGGUAGCGCUGUCGUCCGCAUCCUCGCCGCGAACGUGAUAUCCUACAUGCGCCAGAUCUACAAUGGCGAGCGUCAGUACCCUUUCCCCACGCCUCUCGUCCCCGGCGCCAGCGCCAUUGGACGCGUCGCGGCCGUAGGGCCAGAUGCGACACUGCUGAAGCCGGGAAUGUUGGUCCUCGUGGACUGCACUAUUCGUGGGCGAGAUGAUGCGACUGCUGUGUUCUUGAGCGGAAUCCACGAAGGGUACUCGGAGGGGAGUAAAACGUUGAUGAGAGGAGAGUGGAAGGAUAGUACCUAUGCGGAAUACGCCAAGGUGCCACUGGAGACAUGCGAGGUCCUUGACGAGGGAAAGUUAUGUGGCAGAAUGGGGUACGAGAUCGCCGAUCUGGCGUAUAUCUCUGCACUGUUGGUACCAUAUGGCGGCUUAAGGGACAUCGAUCUGAAAGCUGGUGAGACUGUCAUCGUGAGCCCUGCGACUGGUGCUUUUGGCGGAGCGGCGGUAUUGGUGGCGCUGGCCAUGGGAGCGAGGGUGAUUGCGAUGGGGAGGAAUGUGGAGGCGCUUAAGAAGAUCAAGAAGAGGUGCGAGAGGGUUGAGAUCGUGCCGAUUACGGGUGACGUACUCAAAGAUUCGGAGGCUCUGAAGAGCUUUGGGGCGGUCGAUGCAUUUUUCGAUAUCAGUCCGCCUGAGGCUGGAAAGUCAACGCAUAUUAAGAGUGGGAUUCUGGCAUUGAAACAUAGCGGCAGGGUUAGUUUGAUGGGCGGCAUCAAGGAUGUGUCGAUUCCGCACUCAGUGGUUAUGCACAGGAAUUUGACGUUAAAGGGCAAGUGGAUGUUUGAGCGGGAAGACAUCAAAGGCAUGAUCAAGAUGGUUGAAAAUGGUGUGCUGAAGCUUGGUGAAAGCUCUGGAUCCAGGAUCGUUGGUAAGUUUGGAUUAGAGGACUGGGAUAAGGCUUUCACUGCUGCGGAGAAGAAUGCUGGGAUGGGAGAGUCGACUUUAAUUACACCUUGA